UUUUUUCCUUAUUUUACGAACGCGGAAUUCACAGUAAUCAUUCGUAUUAUUAACCGGCGGUCAAUUGUUUUUUUACUACUUGGAAUAACCUGAGAAGUAAAACAUGUCUAACCAAAAUGCUCACACUGAUCAUAAGGAGAAGAAAAGGAAGGAAAGUAUAUUGGAUCUCUCCAAAUACCUUGAGAAGAACAUAAGGGUAAAGUUUGCCGGAGGCAGGGAAGCUGCAGGAAUUCUAAAAGGAUACGAUCCGCUCCUGAAUCUUGUUUUAGACAACACGACUGAAUAUCUUAGAGAUCCAGAUGAUCCCUACAAAUUGAAUCAGGAUACAAGGAUGCUGGGGUUAGUUGUAUGCCGAGGAACGUCGGUUGUUCUAAUAUGUCCAGUCGAUGGAAUGGAAUCGAUACAGAACCCAUUCAUUCAGCAAGAUGGUUAACGGUUUAUAUUACACAAACUUUUAUCUACAACCUUUUCGAAUCACAUAAGCUUGAAGAAAAAAAAGACCUGACACGCCAUGUGUGCACAUCCAUCGACCAUCGGUUUAUGAUUUGUUUCAAAUGACUAUGGAUUGGUAAAACUCGAACAUUGAUUCUAACCACACGAUGAUCGAUUUAUUUUUACGUUCCACUACUAGAUAAUAAAUAUCAUUUGUGGUUUUCUUCUCAUGGUAGAUACACAUAUAAUACGUUCUUCGUACAAAUAAAUAUCCUACUUACAACUAAUUAAGGUACUCAGUCAUAUUCCAACAAAUUACAAGCAAAUCUCUGUGGUAAUUAUACACUCUAGAUGUAACUACGUAAGUUCUUAAAAUUAUGGCAUAUUGCGUGAUAUUCUUAUUGAUCUAAUUUCACCCUCAAUUGAUUUGUGAGAAAGAAGAGAAGGAAGUAAAAUACAACGCAAGAAGAAAAACCGUUA